AUAUGUAAUGUAAGCUAUUUCUUUUGUGCUGCAAGAUACCUAAUUCAUCGGGAAGAGAUGUCUCGUAUUGUUUACCCGUGUGGCCCUUGCAAGAUUCAACGAAAAAAGUGUGGAGAUAAAUGCAUUCUCGCUCCUUAUUUCCCACCAAACGAUCCUCACAAAUUCUUUGUUGUGCGGAAAAUAUUUGGAGCCAGCAAUAUUGCAAAAAUCCUUGAGGAUAUUCCGGGUGAAAAGAGAGGAGAUGCGGUAAGGAGCCUGGUAUAUGAAGCAAGUGCGAGAUUGAAUGAUCCAAUCUACGGUUGCACCGCCGAAAUUUCUCGAUUGCAAAACCAAGUUUUACAUCUCCAAUCACAACUCGCAACCGUUCAAGCAGAGCUCCUCAACGCACACGGUAAUUUAGUAGUCUCUCAAAAUAAUGAGAAUGAAGAUAUAGGUUUUCAAUACGAUGACGACCCCUUUGGAUUGUGGGCACCACUGUGAACCUAGUUUGUAUUAUCUAAAGCCAUUUCUAAAUAUCUGAUCAUUCCUAUUCUGACAUUCAUGGUUAUAUAGUGUCAAUAAUAAAUCAAUUAUUAAUUAGGAUGUCAAAAUGGGCACAUGAAGGCAUUAGAGUACGUGUUGUUGGUCACAUUAAAAAGUUUAUAGGGGUGUUGCAUCCAAUUUCUGCAAUCCAAGUUGAAUCCAAGUUAAAUCAAUUGACUUGCCUUGCACAUA